AUGGCGGAAGCCGGGAGAUGCUGUCGGUCAACGAGCAGACGGGCCGUACAGUGCUUGAGGAGAGCCGGCGGCGUGCAGACGGCGCGGCGAUGGGCGAGCACUGCUUCGGCGGAUCAAGGCUCCGAAAAGGAGCGCGUCGUCAUCCUGGGGUCCGGAUGGGCCGGAUACGCGCUGGCACGCAAACUGUCGCCGGCCAAGGCCACGCGGAUCCUCAUCUCGCCGCGGUCGCACUUUGUCUUCACGCCGCUGCUGGCGUCGACGUCGGUCGGGACGCUCGAGUUCCGGGCGGCCAUCGAGCCGGUGCGGCGGCUGGGGCUGGCCGAGUUCCACCAGGCGUGGGCGACGGACAUCGACUUUGGCCGCAAGGUGAUCCGCGUCGAGGCCAACACGCGCGGCGACGUGGGCGCCGUGACGGGGGCGCGCGAGGCGGCCAAGGGCCCCGAGUUCGACGUCGCCUACGACAAGCUGGUGCUGGCCGUGGGCUGCUACAGCCAGACGUUUGGCAUCGAGGGCGUCGAGCAGCACGCGUGCUUCCUGCGCGACAUUGGCGACGCGCGCAUCAUCCGGCUGCGCGUGCUCGAGGCCUUUGAGAAGGCGGCCCUGCCGACGACGGGCGACGGCGAGCGGCGGCGGCUGCUGCACUUUGCCGUCGUGGGCGGCGGGCCGACGGGCAUCGAGUUCGCGGCCGAGCUGCACGACCUGGUGCACGAGGACCUGGCCAAGCUGUACCCGGCGCUGAUGCCGCACGUCGCCAUCAGCGUCUACGACAUUGCCCCCAAGGUGCUGCCCAUGUUCGACCGCAACCUGGCCACGUACGCCACCGACAUGUUUGCGCGCCAGGGCAUCCGCGUCAAGACGGAGCAUCACCUGGAGCGCAUCCGCCGCGACGGCGACGCCCUCAUGCUGCGCAUCCGCGAGGAGCCCGAUGAGCUGGGCGCCGGCCUCGUCGUCUGGAGCACGGGGCUGACGCAGAACCCGCUGACGGGCCGGUUGCUGGGCCGUCAUGUGCGGCUGGGCGGAGGCGGGCUGGGCGGCCGGAUUGCCCGGGAUGCGCGGACGGGGGGCAUCGUGACGGACGGGCACAUGCGGGUGCAGCUGACGGCGUCUGGCACCGAUCACGACGAUGCAUCAUCGUCAUCAUCAUCAUCGUCAUCGACAGAAACGACGACGACGACAACGACAGCAACAACAGCAACAACAAUAACAUUGCCAGACGUCUACGCCAUCGGCGACUGCGCCGCAGUGCAGGGCCAGCGCCUCCCCGCAACCGCCCAGGUCGCCAGCCAGCAGGCGGCAUACCUGGCGCGGCAGUUCAACCGCGGCGGCGGCGGCUCGGCCUUCCGGUUCCGCAACCUGGGCACCAUGGCCUACCUGGGCAGCUGGCGCGCCAUCCACCAGAGCAGCGCCGACGAGCUCAAGGGCUGGGCGGCGUGGAUGCUGUGGCGCACCGCCUACCUGACGCGCAGCAUGAGCGUGCGCAACAAGCUCCUGAUCCCCGUCUACUGGCUGGCGACGUGGAUCUUUGGGCGCGACAUUUCAAGGUUUUGA